AUGCGUCAGAACCGUGAGGGCGUUGUCUUGCAUUAUAAGAAGGGCGUUCAGAUACUUGAGCCCCUUCCGACGCCGAUGCUCGUCCAUGUUAUGUCGGAGAAAAUGCCAGACCCUGAUGGAUUCGAGCGGAGGAUUUCAAGGUCAGAGAUGCGCCAGCUGCUAGGCUGCUACAAUGAUCUUGAAAUGGGCCGGCAGGUUGGGGCACCUCUGAAACCUGCUCUUUCCCUGCGGCUUUAUGAGAUCACUCCGGAUAGAAUUGUUCCUUUAGACGGCUAUCAAAGCCUGCCUGACUGCCAUGCGGAGUUUUUGAGAUGGGCUGGUCACCUUUGUGCGCGAGUAUGGGAAAAUUUCCACCACCGAGGUGACAAAGAAUACUGGUCUCGGCCAGAACAGGUCCAGGCACACCUGAACGUUCUAUAUCGCGGACGGCGCAUCCUAGAGGUUACAGAUCAAUUCAUGACCGGCCCAAAGGCUCCACGACGCGAGAUCAAUAGGGUGGACUAUAUAUCUGGGCUGUUAGACCAGAUGCAUGCCAGGGGCACGUUUCUUAUUGUCCAGGCCAUGCCGGAGACGUACACCAGACGGCAACUGCAAAUAUUUGAGGCAGAAUUUCACGAGAUUCUUAGACUCGCAGAAGAACUUGUUGAUCUGCUUGGUUAUCCGUCAGGCGAUGAACCGAAGAAUAAAGUUCGUCCUCGCUUGGACUCUGGAGGGCACCCAGCCAUCACGCUCGACAAUGGACCACUUAUUGCCUUGUAUGUUAUCCUCUAUGGCAGCGGCGAUCGCAAUACUAGGCGAAGGGCGAUGGCCUUGCUCCGACGGAUGAGAGGCAAGCACGAGGGUUUGUAUGAUGCAGGGCAGCUAAUCAGGAUAUUCUCCGCCUUGGAAGCAAAUGGGCAUGGCAGUUAUUCAGGUGACUCACUGCUUGACGAAGAUGCCGGCCCUAGUUUCGGCGGCUUGGGUGGUUUAAUUGGUCUAGAAGCCAGACUCGCAUCGCUGAACGUAACUUGCCCGCAGGGAAAUCUGUGA